GGGCCCCACUCGAACACGGAAUAUGAGAAUCGUCCUUGGAAUAAAGAAAAGACCUCUCCUUUCUCUAAUCGCUCUCGACUCCGAACUGGCUUGUUCAGCUAAGGGCUCGAUCCAACCGCAAAGAAAAGAGAAGAAAACCUCUGAUUCCUGAGACGGAAAGCCUCUGAUUCCUGAGAAGAAGACAUCUCUCAUCUCCAAACAUGACAGAGUAUUGGGUUAGCCAGGGAAACAAAUGGUGCGACUUUUGCAAGAUUUAUAUAGCAAACAACCCUUUGAGCAUCAGAACCCAUGAACUCGGUCAGCGUCACAAGGACAGCGUUGCUAAGAGGCUUGCUUCUAUGAGAAAGGAGAAUGCUGCUAAGGAGAAGGAGCAUAAAGAUGCUCAGCGGGCCAUUGAACAAAUUGAAGCAAAAGCUAAGCGGAGCUAUCAGAAGGAUUUAGCAGCUUUUCAGGUGGCUAAGGAUUCAAAUGUUCAUGCUUCAGAGGCUUGUGAGGAAAUUCCAGAAACAGCUAAAUCUGCUUCAGCAUCUGGGGAUGGAUGGGAGUAUGAUAGUGCUUCGGGUUAUUACUACAACCAGGCUAACGGCUAUCACCAUGACCCAAACUCUGGCUUAUACUACUCUGAUGCAAUAGGGAAGUGGGUGACCCAGGAAGAAGCAUUUGCGUCACCCCAAGUUUCAACGUCAGAUUCACAAAAUCUGUCAGAAUCCAAAUACAGAAAACCCAAUCCUCAGAAGUCGUCAUCAGCAGAAGUUCCUUCACCAAUUGCAGAAGAUAAAGAUAUUGUGAAACGUCAGGGUGGAAACCCACCGGGUUUGGUGGUCCCAGCAUCUCGAAAUCCGAUGAGAUCUGUUAAAGGUGCCCCAUCAUCUAUAGCUGUCAGCAAGAGAAAGAGGGAAGAUGGCAAGCCCAAAGUUGUCUCCAAAGAGGAAGAAGCUGCACUUAAAGCAAGGGAGGCUGCAAAGAAAAGAGUGGAAGAAAGAGAGAAACCUUUGCUUGGUCUAUACAGGUCGUACUGAUUGUUAGGAAUGGAACUGUUUCAGCCAUCACCUCUUCAUUUGGUUUGAUGGUGUAUGUUCGUACUUCCCAAUCUCUAAAUGUCUUUCAACUGAACACAUGUAAGCUAGUUUAUAUAUAACUGUGUUCUGGGUCCCUGAAAUAUGUCGAGUGUGUGCCAGUUUUCUCUGUAUCAUCAAACUAUGUAUCUUCAUUCUUGUUCAACAGCGGAAGAGUUUCUAA